CCCUCUCUCUUCGCCGCAAGUCGUGCAAUCAAAACAUAAACAACUUGUUACCACACACGUCAUUGCUGACUUUUUUUCGGAAGAAAAUUAAUUGAAGUUUUAAGAGACAUCAGCCGAUAGUGCAAUAAUUUUUUUAUCGAAGUAUACAUCAUGUGCCAUCCCUCCUUUGAAGUUUAUGAGUCAUCUUCUAUCGUGAUCAGCUCUAUUAUGUUGGGAAUCUUCCAGGACACUAAGGUUAUGUCAGAGCAAUUAUAACAGAUUUUUUAAUCUAGUACUUAAAUUUGACACUUAGUGACGCGAUUACUAUUGAUGCGCAUCAGAAAUGGCUAGUUUUGUAAAAAAUCAAAACAAUACAUCAGUAUCUAUCCCGAAUGUGGAGCUGAAUCCUCAAGGUGUCGCUAUGUAUAACAUCUCUGUGAAAGUGAGCGAUGUCACUUGGUUUGUUCAACACCGUUACAGUGACUUCGUGGAUCUACAUAAGAAAUUAGUAGAAGAUCACAGUGUUGCAAAAGAUGCCCUUCCUCCCAAGAAAGUGAUAGGAAAUAAAGAUCCACAGUUUUUGGAGAAACGUCGUUUUGGUUUAGAGAACUACCUUAAAAUGCUUAUUUCCUUUCUCCAAAGAACGAUGCCUCAAGAACUAGUAGUAUUCCUGGAUUUCCACAAGUAUGACACGCUCUUUCUCUUGAAUGAGUUGGCAUCUGAUCUCUUCCUCCAUGGUGAUCUGUACUUGUCCAGUUCAAAAUCCUUCACCUUAGAUUCACUGCAGCUUCAUGCAAUCAGCGAACGGUUGAAGCAACCCUGUUCAUCACUAGAAAUUCAAGGAAAGAUGCAAGAUUUCAGUCACAUCCUCGACUUUUGCAGCCAAUUGAAAACCCUUCACGUUCAAAACUGCGAAGAAUUUGUUGGCCGCAGUAGCAUCAAGUACAACUCCCUUCCUUUUGACCUUACCAUCUUCAAAUCUCUAGAAAAACUGUGCUUGACCAAUGUCAUAGUAAGUAACAUUUUCAGUGUGGGCUCACUAAGGACAUCUUUAAAAUCCCUCCAUGUCAACAAUUGCCGUGUAACGUUAAUGUCUGAAUUCUUGCUUUGCGAUGAAAUGCACAAAAACCUUGAGACCGUCAACUCAGCACAUGUUUGGAAAGAUCUCAUUGAAGUUGACUUCAGUCGGAAUAACAUAUCUUCCAUUGGUAAUGCUGUACUGUUAAUACCCAAUGCUGAGAAACUGGUCCUUGCCGAUAACAAAAUCUUUGACCUAGGUAACAUGACUGUUCUUUCUCACUUGCGGGUUCUAAAUCUAUCAGGUAACUGUUUAAGCGACAAGUCUAUAGAAAAUUUGCACCAAAAAAUAGGAAAAAUUGUCUCGUUGAGUAUGGCUCAGAAUUCAUUGCAGUCACUGGAAGAUUUUUCAAAACUAUAUGCCCUAGAAAGUUUAGAUGUGGGAUCCAAUUCCAUUAAAGACAUUAAAAAAGUUGAGCAAAUCAGUUCGCUUCCCUGUUUGGACUACCUUGUGUUGACAGGCAACCCUGUUGCGACUAUAGUUGAUUAUCGAAUAAAAGUUUUCGAGCUGUUCGGUGACCGAGCCCAGGAUUUGUGCCUAGAUAACGAAAAGCCAACUCAAAAAGAACUUGAUACAGCAGCAGUGCUGAAAGCUCUAAGGAUUGCCAAAGAGGGUAGGUCACCAAUUUUUUCCCCUCCUUCGUAGCCAAAGACUGAUAAACUGUUUCUGUGUGAGACAUUUUACUUCUAUCUGGUGAUGCACUCUUGAUUUAGAAAUUAGAGCCCGAGUAAGUGGGUGUUGUGGAAGCAGGUUAUCAACCAAUUGUUGAAAUUUUGUCUCCGUUGAUGAGACCAAGAUUGGCUGAACUGAAAUUGAGUCUGGUGACUGGUCAGUUGUAUCACUGAAAAUCUUUGUUUCACCAUUUUCCGGCAAGUGAAUCAUUAAACGAAAGUUACCUUUGUUGGUGAUGGGUAAUCGAUCAUUAUUUGAUUGGAUGGAGGCACACCAAAGAAAUCAAACGAUUCAGUGGACUUGUCACUAACAUUCCAGUUCAGCCAAUUCUUUUCAAGGUCACAUAUAACACUAUAAGUAUUAUUGAAACUUUUUUAUAAAUAUCAAAGUACUUCGGUUUUCACCAGUAAAGACAGAAGAACCAUUAAUUGCAAUCCUGAAACAAUGCCAUGGCCAUCAAAUGUUUUUCUGUCAGCCAAUUUAGGUCAUAAGCUGACCAAUUGGUGAAAAAGCACCUAACCCUUAAGUACUGUUGCAACCUUGACAUUAUUCAAGCGUGAUAUUAUCAUAGUUUUUCUCAUUGUUAUGUUAUGUCUCUAUUUUUUUACUGCAUAAUUAUUUUAUAAAUGGAAUGCUAGACAGAACAUUGAACCUAUAUUUACUAUUUCAUUGAAAUUCUGAAAAUAUUUUUCAUACCUACUGUUUUAAAACAAAAUUAUUCAAGUUUAAUGUCUUAUAAACCCUUCAACAUUGGAUCAAAUGCAACCAAAAAAGUACAAUCAACACUGUCUAGAAAUUUUGAAUAGUCUUCUAUCUUUUCCUCAAAUUAAGAGUGUAAUUCUUCAAAAUAACUGUUAAAAUUUAUGUAUGGAAGUUUUAUCCUUUUAUCUUAGACUUACAAAGUGGAUUCAACUCGUGCACUUUCUCAACAUUCUCUGCAGUCAGAAGUUAAGAUCAAAAUGGAAAGUUUAACCUCUAAUAACUCUUAAUUCAAGGUACUUCUUGUGAUAUUUUCUCAACGCAAAAUCGCUAAUCCAUUAAAGGAAUUGCUACACAAUUCUAAAAUCAGGAAGAUGUUUUUUCAGAAUUAAUUUUCCGUUUCUUCACCCGGAGGUUCUUAUCGAAGUUAUGAACUUCUUCAAGACUGAAUUUAUUCCUUCUAAGCUGUAAAAAAGAAAUCUUUGAUCUCUAAUAUUUUAAAAAUGUUAAUACAUCUCUUCUACAGUAUUUGAUCCAAUUAUACUUAUAGUUGCAGUUUUUUAUGUCAGUUGGCUCACAUUUUGCAAUAAGAAGCUACUAUUUCUGGCUUAUGUUGGAAAUAACAUGUAUGCCAUUAGUUUCCCUUUGCAGAUAGGCGCUUUUAAAGGUAAGCCAACGAUAGUGGUUUCUUACUGCAAAUUGUAAUCCAGUUGAUUCUCAAUGAAGCAGGGUUUCUUAUUAAAGUAUUCUAUGUAGAAAGGAAAAAGCUCUUACUGAAAAAUUACUCUAAAUUUAAGUUCCCUCUGAAAAAAUUAUUUAAAUUCAAGUCAAGCAAGAUGACUGACUUUUAAAGUAAGACAGAAAAUGUGCCAUCUUGUUUCCUAUCUUUAGUUUUAAUGCCAGAAUAUGACGACAGAUCUUCCCUAACAUCCUAGCAGUUUACUACUGCUAUCUAGGUUUGUUGGAGUCUAUUUCGUGUAAAGUUUGCUGCAUAGACUUAAGGCUAUCAAAAAAAUUACAUGUAAUGUCUGGGAGGGAAGCGUUUACAUCAUUGUAAUAGGUACACAAGCUCCUCUGAAACCUCCUCAUUUUAUCUUUAUACUCUUUGAGAGAAGAAAUUUGCUAUAAAAUUAUUGUUGUUAACUUCAAAAGAAAACAAAAUUCUCACUCUUUUGGACGGAAAUAUUCGCGAUCUUUGAGGAAAUAGUUGUUUUGUGGUUUUCAUGUAAAUUCAAUUAAUUUAUUUAGCAAUGGCAACUCCAAUAAAUGGCUUUUUGAAUUGUGGUAUCCAAAACUCUGAUCUCAAUCUUUAUUUAUUUAUUUAUCUAUUUAUUUAUUUUUUUUAAUUGCAAUCAUAAGAAAUGAAGAAAAAAAGUCCAAAUGGUACUCAAGAAAACCAGCCAGGGUCUCUUGUACAAAUACAACUAAUUUAUUCUUGAAAAAAGAAAAAAAUCUUGCAAAUGUUUAAAUGAUCGACCGGAUCUUUUCUCAAAAUAAGUCAUGAUAGAUAGCUCUGCCAGGUAUGACAAAUCAAGGUACAUGUUUUUCUUUUUCAUCAUCCUAUGUAAUCAAUGGUAAGAAAGAAGUAGCGCAGAGUAAAAAAAAUCACCACAGUAUUUGCUACUUUUCCAAAGAAUGAAAUUGUUAUUAUUUGUGCAAUGCCAUGCAAGGAAAACAUAUCCACCGUAAAUCAAAUCAAUAGGUAUCUAUUAAGUAAGCAUUACUCAAGUGAGCUCCUAUAUUUAUCUAGACCUAGGUAUGAGCUUAUUAAUCUGUAUACUUAAAAAAUAAAAUAUCACUAUCAUUAAAACACA